AUGAUGAAGGGGACAUCAUCAUUUGGAAAGCACUGCAAUAAGACACACGUGUUGUGCCACCGCCCUAAGGCCCACCACCUUCAGAAAAAGAAAUCAACCUGUGGCAAAUGUGACUAUUCUGCCGAGCAGAAGAGUGCCAAGGCUAAAAGACGAAAAACCACCAGGACCAGUCGAACCAGGCAAGUAAAAAUUGUGUACCGUGGAGUCAGGCGUGGAUUCUGUGAAGGAACAACGCCUAAACCCAAGAGGGCAGCUGUUGCAGCAUCAGUUCUUCUUAAGGAUUUCAACAAUUAGUCACAGAUAAUAGAUGGUCUGGUUUUAAAAAA